GCUUUAUAGUUUAUGUCUAGCAUUCAAAGUUUAUUUUGCUAGUAUCUAAUUAAGUAUGUACUUGAUGUUUGUAGUACAUAUAAAGCUUAGAUGGAUUUAUGGCUUAGUGAAUAUUAUCAUACAUAAGUCAUAAUCACACAAAUAAUAGCCAUCUCUCUCUCUCUCUCUCUCUCAUAAACAAAACCUACCUACCACACACAAGCAAAAAACUCACUUUUACUUCUAGACUACAAUCUCCUCCUAAAGACUACAAAUCACGACACACUUUAACCUCUCCUGAUCACUCACAACACUUGAAAUACUUCAAAUUUCUCCCCCAAAAAAACCCUGAUCAAAACAUGAGACAUCUCAUCCACUACAUCAUUCCUCUCGCACUAGCAAUCACACUCUCUCUCAUACUCACAUUCAACAAUCUCUCUCCCAAACCUCUCCCACCUUUCUCAUGCAACACCCCAUCCACCGCAUCCCUCCCCUUCUGCGACGCCCAUCUCCCCAUCGAGAGACGCGCCCGCGACCUAGUCGGGCGCCUCACCCUCGACGAGAAGAUCGGCCAGCUCGUGAACAAGGCCGCCGCCAUCCCGCGUCUCGGCAUCCCCUACUACGAGUGGUGGUCGGAGGCGCUGCAUGGCGUCGCCAUGGCCGCCGGAGUCGAGAACGGCUUCUCCUUCAACGGGACGAUCAGGGCAGCCACCAGCUUCCCUCAAGUCAUACUCACGGCAGCUACCUUUGAUGCUCAUCUUUGGUACAAAAUAGCUAAGGCAACUGGAGAAGAGGGCCGAGCAAUAUACAAUGCAGGGGAGGCGACGGGCAUGACCGUUUGGUCACCUAACAUCAACAUCUUCCGAGAUCCGCGGUGGGGCCGCGGCCAAGAGACCCCCGGAGAGGACCCUUUGGUCGCCAGCACCUAUGCUGUGGCGUUUGUACGAGGCCUCCAAGGCGAUGCUUUUGAAGGUGGCCGCGAUGGCCGCCUUCAGCUCUCUGCUUGCUGCAAGCAUCUCACUGCCUAUGAUUUGGAUCACUGGAAGGGACUUCACCGUUUCACCUUCAAUGCUCAAGUUACGAAGCAAGAUAUGGCAGAUACAUUCCAGCCACCUUUCAGAAGCUGCAUCGAGGAGGGGAGAGCCAGUGGCAUAAUGUGUGCUUACAAUCUGCUCAACGGCGUCCCAAGCUGCGCCCAUCGCCAUCUUCUCACAAACACAGCUCGCCAACAAUGGGGCUUCCAAGGCUAUAUAGUCUCCGACUGCGACGCCGUUUCACUCAUCCACCAGAAGCAGAACUACACGGACUCACAUGGCGACGCAGUGGCCGCAGUUCUCAGAGCCGGGAUGGACCUCAACUGCGGGUCAUACUUGGCAGAGCACACAAAAUCAGCCGUCGCCGACGGGAAGGUGUCGGAAUCCGACAUAGACAGAGCCCUCCACAAUCUCUUCUCUGUAAGAAUGAGGCUAGGCCUAUUCGACGGAGACCCUCAAAAACAAAUCUACGGCGAUCUCGGCCGCAACCACGUCUGCAGCCCCGACCACCAACAACUGGCGCUCGAAGCCGCGCGCGACGGCAUCGUGCUACUCAAAAACUCCCACAAUCUCCUCCCAUUAUCCAAGACCCACACAAGGGCUCUCGCAGUGAUCGGCCCCAACGCAGACGACGCGAAGACGCUGGUCGGAAACUACGCGGGGCCGCCUUGCAACGCCAUCACUCCGUUGCAAGGCCUGAAGAGAUAUGUAAGGAAAACUGUGUUCCAUGGAGGCUGCGACCACGAUGCGGCCGUGGGGAUCGCGCGAUCGGCGGACUACGUCGUUUUGGUGAUGGGGCUGAAUCAGGAGCACGAGAGCGAGGAGAUGGACAGGGAAGAUCUGGUGCUUCCCCCGGAGCAGGAGGGGCUCAUCAAGACGGUGGCGGCGGCCGCCAGGAAUCCGGUUGUUUUGGUGCUCAUCUGCGGCGGAGCCGUGGACGUCUCCUUCGCGCGGGAUGAUCCCAAAAUAGGAGGGAUUUUGUGGGGUGGGUACCCUGGUGAAGGAGGGGGCAGAGCAGUUGCAGAGAUUAUUUUUGGUGAUCAUAAUCCAGGAGGUAGGCUCCUUGUAACAUGGUAUCCACAAGAAUUCACUAAAACACCCAUGUCCGAUAUGAGGAUGAGGCCUGAUCAUAAAUCAGGCUACAUAGGGCGCACCUAUAGAUUCUACAAAGGCGAGAAGCUAUUUGAAUUCGGAUACGGCCUUAGCUACUCCAACUAUAUAUAUAAGUUCGCCUCUGUCACCCAAAUCGAGCUCAAUUUCAAGACAUCGUCAUAUGAUGAUAUCAAGACUCAUCAAAAAUUAGGUUUCGUUGCGGUUUCAGAGAUUGUGUUGGAUUCUUGCAAGAAAGCGAGGUUUUCGGCUAUAGUUAGCGUCGAAAAUGAAGGGAGUAUGGCAGGGAAGCAUCCGGUGUUGUUGUUUUUGAGGCGGAAUCAGAUUCAGACUCGAACCGACAAUCCGAUUAAGCAAUUGGUCGGAUUUCGAACAGUGAGAUUGGAGGGAAAUGAGAGGGGAAAUGUUGAGUUUGAAGUGGAUCCAUGUAUGCAAUUUGCUAGUGCCGAUGAAUCUGGAGUGAUGGUGAUUGAAUUAGGGCGACAUUUCUUGAUUGUGGGAGAUCAAGAGUUUUCAAUCACCAUAAAUGUGUGAUCGCGUGAUUUGAUUUGAUUUGAGAUUGUUGACAAAAUUGUUGUUGAUCAAUAAUUGAUGGUUGGUGAUUUAUGCAA